GUAAAAAGGAUAAAAAGAAUAGUUCUAGACUCUUCCCGGCUGAUCCAGUCUACGCGUGCGUUUGUUUUCUUUUUCAAAUAUAUUAAUGCGUACUGUAACAUCGCACUGGGUUGUAAUUCUGGAGAGGAAAAAAGUGAUUGCAUAGUUAAGAUUUAUUCUGUUCCCUACUGAAAAUUGAGUUCUAGUUUUAAAAACUUCAAAGCACUUUGACAGUUUUUAACAUGUUUGCUGUUAUGGUUACAGGAAGACUUGCUCAGACACAAUGCGAGCAUAUCACCGAAACGCAAUCAGUCUUCACGAUUCCCGACGCGGACAACAUCAACCACAUCGUCGUAUUCAUGACAGGCAGCGUCCCGUUCCCUGAUGGCUUUGGUGCUCAGGUGUACUUCAGUUGGCCAGAACCGAAUGCACCCCCAACGUGGUUGCUGCUUGGUCACCUGUCCAAUGAAAAGCCAUCUGCCAUUUUCAAAGUGUCAGGCCUGAAACACGCGCCCAACACGGUCAUCGACCCAAUGCAGUUCGGACAGCAGCAGUUUUCUCAUCUCGCACAGAUUGGACUUUCUAUCGAACCAUUAUUUACCAUUCAACAGUCAACACCUGCCAUCGCCUCGGAGCCAUUUAAAGGGUCAAAGUUUGCGGAGUUCACGCAGAAAAUGCUUGACAACUUUGUCAAUUACUUGUCAAGUUUUGGAAUCACUCAAGCCGAGAUGACACCAACUCCUAAUGAGACCUUUCUUCCUAUGUCCAAGAUGCAAACCUGGUAUGCCAAUUUCCAGCGCCGCCUAGCACAAAAUCCGGACUUUGUCUUUUGUUGAAAUUCGGACUUAAGCUGAGCAGCAGACUGAUGAAGACUUAGGCUGCCUUUGAAAUGCGAUUGAUUGUGUGUGUCAGUGCGUGUUUUUAAAUGUUUCUAGAGGAUUGUAAACUAAGUAAACAACUUUCUCACUUAAAUUCCAGCUAUACAAAUUUAUUUGCUGGCUUUCCCUGUUGACAUUAAAUAUUUUUUUCAAA